UUCUUAAAAGUGUGUAUAUAUAAAUCUGCCUGGCCAGCUCCGUCCCAGGGUCCUUGAAGCUAUAUGUCUACACCCCGUGCCAGGCUUUGAACACUCUUAGGAUGGGACCUGGAAGAAAUCAAAUGAAUCAUAGGGAUUCCUGGUGGAGUUUUAGCAUUCCAUAUAAGGCAGGGGAAGAGGCAGUAGGGGUGUGGAUGGGGCUAAGGGGUCUUGGUACUCUUCUUGUCAACCCCAUACAUCAGGGGCUACCUGCAGGCCCCACAGACUUCAGCUGGGGUCAUGCCAGAGAUGGGCCUUACACAGAGUGCCCUGUGCUUUACCUUACCCCAAUCAUCUAUACCAGGGGCCCCAAGCUCCAAGAACCCCUUGGCUUGCCCAUGUCCCAAAUACUGAAACCCAGAUUCAAGGCCAGAGGCACACAGAGGAGAAAAUGAGUCUUCGAGGGUUUUUUUUGUGAUGACAUUCCCAGUUUCCAUUUAGAAAGCUGAAUAUAUUUUCUGGAGCUGAACUUUCACCAUGAAAAAUGCUCAGGGUUUUAAUUUUUGCAAUUAAUUUUCUCUGCUAACCAAAAGGUGUUUCUGUUUUUGCUUUUGUGUUUGUUUUAAGAAUCAUGCGUGCUCACUCGAGGAAAUUGGAAAAUUUUUUAGGAAUAAAAGAAAGGUCACCUCCCCCUCCCCAAUUCCUAGAGAAAUACAUUGUAAAAAUUUGCUAUCUUUCCUGUUGACCUUUUUUUUUUUUUUCCUGUGCACAGAGUUAUUUUGUUUAGUUUUCAUUGUUGCUGAGCAAAUAGAAUGAUGGUUCUGAUUCAUAAUUUACAAAGCUGAUUUCAUGUAUUUAUAACAAGCCUGUGAUGCUUCCAGCGGCUCUGCCCCCUCUGGGAAUUGUGGGGGUGGGACCCGUUGCCCUCCCCUGUGUUCUGCUGGCACUUUUGACAAGCUAGGUUCACCGUGCCACUGCCAACAUUAACCAGUAUGCUUUUAAACUUAUAGUUAGUUCGAGUGUCUCAAUGUCCUUCUAGAACCUAACUCUUGCCUUCUUUUCUUUUUUAAGCUCCAGAGCUCUGGACAUGUGCCCUUCUCGAUGAACCCACAGUGAUCGGUUUGUUUUGCCUUCUCCCAGCUCAUGCAUACUUCAGGUCUUGGUAACCAGAAUGUUUUGUCUGUUCAGGCUCAAAGUGAUCAGUGGGACAGGAACCCCCAAGUUCAGUGCCUCAUGAUGUGUCAAGAUGAACUUAGGAAAACGGUGAGCUGUUGACUGGACUGCUUCUCAGAAUCUGCUGGUACUUCUGUUUGUCUCUGGUUUUAAAAGCCCCCCAGAGGCAACCUGAAACCCAGGCUCUUCUCAGAAUAGGGUGGGGGAAAUUCCGAAGUUCUUAUUAAACACAUUUAUCCCUCAAGCUUUGGAAGGAGCCAAAAUGCCAAAAGCGAGAAUCCCAAAGUACUGCCCACACUGGUGUGAUAUCCUGAUAAAUGUCUAACAAAUCCAGCAUGUGUCCCCUGGGCUUGAAUAUUUGCUGGGCAAAGUUCCAGAAUAGUGAGACAUCUUGGGAUUCAUCCGGGUUAGGAAAGACCUUUAACUAUCAGCUGUCACCUCACUGUUCUUCAAAUAGUCAAGUCUUGAGGUCUUUUCACUGUGCGCUGUUCUGAUGGAGGGCCCCCACCAGCAUGAAGCAGAAGGAUGACCUUGUCCCAUAGGCAGGACAACUGUGAAGGGAGCUGUGUGUGUCCAAGUCUGUGGGAAGAGAGAGCCACCUAGAAUGUCCCCGCCAAACCAGUCACUGGAAGGCCUUCUCCAGGAGGCCUCCAACAGAUCCCUGAAUGCUACAGAAACCCCAGAGGCUUGGGGUCCAGGGACACUCCAGGCCCUCAAGAUCUCUCUUGCUCUGCUCCUUUCCAUCAUCACAAUGGCCACAGCCCUCUCCAACGCCUUUGUGCUCACCACCAUCUUCCUCACCAGGAAGCUCCACACCCCAGCGAACUAUCUCAUCGGCUCCCUGGCCAUGACGGACCUCUUAGUCUCCAUCUUGGUCAUGCCCAUCAGCAUUGUCUAUACCACCACCCACACCUGGAGCUUUGGCCAAAUCCUGUGUGACAUCUGGCUGUCUUCUGACAUCACAUGCUGCACAGCCUCCAUCCUCCAUCUCUGUGUCAUUGCUCUGGACAGGUACUGGGCCAUCACAGAUGCCCUGGAGUAUAGUAAACGCCGCACAGCGGGCCGGGCGGCUGCCAUGAUUGCCACCGUCUGGGUCAUCUCGAUCUGCAUCUCCAUCCCGCCACUCUUCUGGCGGCAGGCCAAAGCUCACGAAGAGAUGUCGGACUGCCUGGUGAACACGUCUCAGAUCUCCUACACCAUCUACUCCACCUGCGGGGCCUUCUACAUCCCCUCUGUGCUGCUCAUCAUCCUCUAUGGCCGCAUCUACAUGGCUGCCCGGAAUCGCAUCCUGAAUCCGCCUUCGCUCUACGGGAAGCGCUUCACCACGGCCCACCUCAUCACGGGCUCUGCGGGGUCCUCACUCUGCUCUCUCAGCCCCAGCCUCCAUGAGGGGCACUCCCAUACUGCCGGCUCCGCUCUCUUUUUCAGCCACGUGAAAAUCAAGCUGGCCGAUAGUGUCCUGGAGCGCAAGAGGAUUUGCGCGGCUCGAGAAAGGAAAGCCACGAAAACGCUGGGGAUCAUCCUAGGGGCCUUUAUCAUCUGCUGGCUGCCCUUCUUUGUCGCCUCUCUGGUCCUCCCCAUCUGCCGGGACUCCUGCUGGCUCCACCCAGCCCUCUUUGACUUCUUCACCUGGCUUGGCUAUCUCAACUCCCUCAUCAAUCCAAUAAUAUAUACUGUGUUUAACGAAGAGUUUCGACAAGCGUUUCAGAAAGUUGUCCAUUUUCGGAAAGCCUCCUAGUCUUAUUUGCUGAUGACUCUUGUUAUCUGUUGUGUCCUGUAACCCAACUGGAAUUGUCUUGUUUAUUUUUCCUGAGAUUUGGGUCAAUCCUGAUAUGUUGGGUUUUGGUUCGACCAAUAGAAUUGUUCAGCGUUCUUCUUCCUGUUGUCUUCUUGACUUCUGUGCCACCCAAAGUGGGGCAGCUUUGUGAAGGGUGACAAGACCGAAGAUUCCACUUAGCAUAUUUUCACGGCUCAUCCAUGUUGGGAGAAAUGUGAUCCACAGGAUUCCCCGUUGAUUCGGUUCAGACGGGAAGCUGUCCAACUCUACAGAGAGACCCUAGGUUCAAAUGGGAGGCUUUCUGGUCUACGUAAGUUUUGUAUGGAGCUCAGAGGAGGAGGGUACGUGAGGUUAAUGACCUGAGCUGAAAGAGAAUUGGAGUCAGGAUGGAAGCUCUCCAUUCCAUGUGGCACCUUGAUUAGAAAAUAACACGCAGAUCAACUACCCCCUACCCUUCCUCCUUCCCCGGUAUCUCUGCAUCACCUUAAUAUUCUGAAGUUAAAACCCACAAUUACCCUCAAUGACAGAUUGACAGGCUUUGGACCCACCAAGCUUUGAGUGGGACACCAUUCUGAAUUUUGUUUCAUGAACUAUUUUUUUUUAUAUCCUGUUCUCAUCAGAGAUCUUAAGAUGUUGAGUCUUGUCAAAUAAAAAGCAUGAGACGUCA